GAGAUCCUUCCCAGAAGUCUGACUCCCUCCUGCCCUGGAGGGUUCCUGUGUGCUACGGUGUAUGUGGUGAUGAGGGGGGAGUGAAUUGGAGGAGGUGGGUGAGGAAGAUAAGGCAAAGCUGGCAAGCUCACGUGUGUCAGAGAGGAACUGUGUGUGAGAGCACAUGCCUAAGUGCUAGGCCGUACUCCAACAUAAGCCACCAACAAGUGUGACUAUGUGUGAAGAAAUGAUCAGUGUCGCUCACCAGGAGCUCUGUGUGAAGGAGAGACUGUGAGUGAGGCAAUGUUCCCUCCAUGUUCCUCUCCAUGUGUCCAUGCCUGGGGAAGUGUGAGUGCCACUGUGGAUUAAUUCAGUCCCUGCCAGGUGUGAGAUUUAGGAGCCUGGCAUGUCAUAGUCCAGUGGGGAGACCUGUUUUGGUGGUGUGGUCAGCAAGAGACACAUGGGCUCCGUAUGGAGGUGUGCCAGCCAGCCCUCGGUGUAGUGUCUGUGUCUCGGGGUGGUGGAGAACGGUGUGAGGCAAGUGUGUAGAAGUGUGAGGGUGCAGAUGUGAAUAGGAGAGUUGGAGCCCUGAGAAAGGCGUGAUGGAGGGCACCUGGAGCACUUAGGUGGUUGGGCAAUUGCCUGAUGCCUCUGGGACAGAGCCCUAGGCUUUCCUGCGUCUAGGCUAAGUUUUUGUAUCACUCUAAGCCUUCCUCUGACAUUCCUGCCAGCUUUGAGGAGGAAGGGGCCUAGCCCAGGAGGAUCCCUCCCAGAGGAGGGAAAGAUUCCUGAGACCUCCCCCACUCUCCCACCUCCUCACAUACCACUGGUGUCCUUACCCCUCCCUGGAAGGGAAGGGUGAUGCCCAUUCUGAAGUAGGACAAACUGAGAAUUCAUAGCUGGUUUGGGAGAGAAUGCUGGGUGUGGGUUUUUAGUAAUUCCUCUGGCCAAAGUCCUGGCUAGAAGUUUCUGGAGUACCUACAUUAGCUUAUCUGGCUGGUCUAAGGUGGCCAGUCUGGGUCCUUACUUGGCUUUCUCAAUUCCAGUGGGUCCAGCUCCUCUAGGCAUUGACCUGUGGCCUGGACCCACCCUCCACCCCAUGCCCAAUGUAGCGGGGGCGGGCAGAGGGCGGGGCUGCUGCAAGAUCUAGUCAGACAGGUGGAGCCGCCAGGGCAGGAGUCUCCAAGAGCCAGGCUCCCGGAGUGGAGAGAGAGGAGAGCUUGCCGCUGAGAAGAGGGGAGGAGAGAGACGAGAGUCCUUAGCCAGGAUGGAGGCUGUCGUGAACUUGUAUCAGGAAUUGAUGAAGCAUGCAGAUCCCCGGAUGCAGAACUACCCUCUGAUGGGGUCCCCCUUGCUAAUAACAUCCAUCCUUUUGACCUAUGUGUACUUCGUCCUCUCACUUGGGCCUCGAAUCAUGGCUAAUCGGAAGCCCUUCCAACUUCGUGGCUUCAUGAUUGUCUACAAUUUUGCACUGGUGAUACUCUCCCUCUACAUUGUCUAUGAGUUCCUAAUGUCUGGUUGGCUCAGUACCUACACCUGGCGCUGUGACCCUGUAGACUUUUCCAAUAGCCCCGAGGCACUUCGGAUGGUUCGAGUGGCCUGGCUCUUCAUGUUUUCCAAGGUUAUUGAGCUGAUGGAUACAGUGAUAUUUAUUCUCCGCAAGAAAGAUGGGCAGGUGACCUUCCUACAUGUCUUCCAUCACUCCGUGCUUCCCUGGAGCUGGUGGUGGGGGAUAAAGAUUGCUCCAGGAGGAAUGGGCUCUUUCCAUGCCAUGAUAAAUUCCUCUGUACAUGUUGUCAUGUACCUGUACUACGGAUUGUCUGCCCUUGGCCCCGUGGCUCAGCCCUACCUUUGGUGGAAAAAACACAUGACAGCCAUUCAGCUGAUCCAGUUUGUCCUCGUCUCACUGCACAUCAGCCAGUACUACUUCAUGCCCAGCUGCAACUACCAGUACCCUCUCAUUAUCCACCUCAUCUGGAUGUAUGGCACCAUCUUCUUCGUGCUCUUCUCCAAUUUCUGGUAUCACUCUUACACUAAGGGAAAGCGGCUGCCCCGUACAGUUCAGCAAAAUGGAACUCCAGCUAUCACCAAGGUCAAGGCCAACUGAGAAGCAUGGCCUAGAUAUUGCCCACCUAAGUGCCUCAGGACUGCACCUUGGGCAGCAUCCAGUGUCCUCUCCACCUACACCUAUGACCAGGGCUCAUGUGGUCAGGACUGAGGAGGAGGACUGGUUCUCCCCUCCCCACAGCUGGUCUACAGGGACCACUGUUCCCAUCCCUUCUCCCAGCCAGCUCCAGGGAUGUGGCCUCACUGCUGUCUGCCACCAGAACUGGAGGCUGAAAGGGCUGGACACUUACUUCCCCCCUCCCUGCCUUAAACUUGGGAGAGGAACACUCAGGGCUGGCCCCCACCAGGGUCUUGUGGCCUUUCUCCUCACACUGAAGAGGUCAGCAAUAAUCUGUCACAAUGGACUCAGGCUCCCUUUCUCACUCCACAUUGAAGCAUGAGCUUCUGGGCCAAAGGUCAGGAUGGGCAGCAGGCCUGGCAAUACAGGCUGUGUACUCGUUUGUGUCUUAAUUAAAGUGACAGAGGAAACCACUGA